AUGACUUCCAUCUACGCUGUACCUGAAGAACAUCUCCAAGGCGUGCUGCCCACCCUGGCAACUGCAAAAAACAUUGUCCCACGGAUUGUUGCGCUGGUCAAGGCGUGUCGGGAAUGGUAUGGGAAGCAGUUUUCCACGGCAGAUGACGAGGAAAAGAGGAACAGGGAGCUUGGGUUGCGAAGGGUCAUGAUCACCUACCUACGUGCGAUACACGUCAUUGGAGAGUGUGAGGACAUUGAACUUCCUCCGUUGAUGGACCGCAUUUGCGAGGAAGUCUUAGGGAGCAAAUCCAGGGAGUUCAAUUGGCAGGUUUUGGAAGACCCCUCCCCAGAGCCAGCGGAUGAAUUCGAGGAGCUAGACGUCCUCAUGAGCGAGUGGCUUUCGGCAGAGCCAUCUGAUCCCAAGGGGAAAGGAAAGGCUAAGGAGACUUCCGAGAUUGCAAAGCCUGGGGGUGGUUCGGAGACUGGGAAGCCAAAAGGCAAGGGUCAUGGGCAAAAGCAUAAGGCGGACGUUUCGGUGGAAGAGGGCAAGGACGUGGUGCAGGGGAAGAAGGUGAAGAUUCAGGCUGGAGGGAGCGAAGCGGGACCAGCUCUGCCUCACGACGACAACGACGAUGAUGAGGCGGACUAUGGGGUCGGUCCUGGACCGCAACUGGUCCGGGACCGACCCAGAUAUUGA